AUGCCUUCCUUUCUCAGCAACCUGCGCAGAAAGAGUCGGGCGAGCAUCAAAACAGACGAAAAGCAGGGCCCAUCGUACAGCAAUGGCCACGCGAGCGGGCAGAAUGGCAACGGCGUGUCGCGGCGCAAGUCGUCGUCAACUCUGAAUUCAUCAGCGGUUGGAUCAUCAUCGACGUCGACCACCACGCCAACUACCUCCACCACUGAAGAAGGUGCAGCGCAGACAAACGGCCUCAAGGACGGAGUCCCGCCUCUUCCAACGCCUCGACCGCAGCGCCCCGGCAUCAAUCCGACUAAGCGGUACAGUCUGAACGUACACCAACAGAUACUGCUGGUACACGGCCGGGUUGGCGAAUCCGCUCACCGGCCGCUGGACGGCACCGUAACCGUUAACCACCACCAAGGCCGCUUCCCACCCACAGCUUGGCCCGUAAGCGAUUCGCACUUCAAGGCUCUUGUUCAUCUAGAGCCGGGAUGCAAUCGUCUACGUUUAGAUUUCAACUCGCCGAAGGUAUCCACGAGUAACUCCUCCAUUCCAGCGCAUGCGUCCUUCAUCACCGUCAACUAUCUUCCCUUGACAAAUGCGCCGCCGCUGCAGCUAGCAAUUAUCCUCGGGAGCGAUUCGCCGGCGACAUAUGAUGCAAUGCCGGAUCGCAUGCAGCGAGAGGGGAAUGGACUGGAGCUUGCCACCAAGAAGUUUCGAAUGGCAGCGUAUCUUUGGCAAGCCUUCACAGGCGAACAGAUGCAACGACACGGGUUUGGCCGUCGAUGCUUUCGGUUCGAAGAGUCGUGGGAGCCCGGGACGUUGAGCUUCCAGGACUGGGGAGCCGGACAAUUCCGGAACCAGGCGAAAAUACACAUUAUACGAUCGAACAAGACUGUCGAAGAAAUUAGAGACCUAGAUCGUGCUCAGCAGUAUGAGAAAGGGACAAAGAAGGGCGAACUCUUUGGAAUUGCCUCCGAAGCAGUGAAGAGCUAUUUCCAGAUGCAGCCGGGACAGAAGCGAUACGUCUCUUGCUUGUUCCUCGAUACCCACUGGGAUCCUAAAGAAAAGACGAUCCGCGGCCAUGCGGCUUUGGGUGGUGGCGAUGGAGAGCUGCAGCUUGCAAUCUUUGGGUCUCAUGCUCUGCAGAGUUAUCCUUCUAGCAUCGAAGAAGUGUGGCAGGCUUUCCAAGACUGCACCCGGACGGAUACGGCUUUUAUUGCUAAUGAUUGUAAUGAAUCGGGGAGCAACUGGGAGGCCGCCAAUAUUGGUAUCGGGGCUCAUCUACACGAGACCGGCCAUUUGUUCGGCUGUCCUCACCAAGAGUCCGGUGUCAUGUUGCGCGACUACGUUAACCUCAACCGGACAUUUACUUCUCGCGAACCCUAUUCGACGCGCACAAAGUCGCCCGGCCAACGCCUCGUCAAGCAAGAGGAUGAAUGCAUGUGGCACCGACUUGAUGCCCUACGCUUCCGAUUCCAUCCAUGCUUCCGAAUACCGAUCGACAACAACGUUAUAGCAGACGGUAGCGUGCAAGUUUGGACGGUUGACAGCGGUCAAGGCGGUGUGAUUGCAACGUCAAAGUCGGGCAUUGCUUGGGUGGAGCUUUACACCGAGGGUGACGAUGUCUGCCACUAUUGGCGGGAGUGGCCCGAAUUUGAGAACCAAUACCCACGACAGGUCGCAUUGGCUGAGUCCGAACUUAGAGGGCUUCUGCCCAAGGAGAAGCGCAACUCUCGCCUAAAACUCGAGGUGUUCUCCGCCGGUGGUGGGAAGCAUGUGGUUGAAGACUUCGCGCAGCUUGCGAACCAAAAGCUCGCACGCGUCAAACUGCCCGAUGGACGAUGGGGCUACCGCGGCAGCAAGCUAGGCUAUUCGCAAAUGGAAGGCUCGAAGCCGCAGGAGAUCAUUCUCGAAAGCGCCCACAUCCAGACGAAACUGCUCGUCGCAAUCAAGGUGUAUCACGGACUAGCCGUAGACGGUCUCGAAUUCAUUUAUGAGGAUUCCACGAGCCAAUUGUUUGGCAGGAGAGGUGGAAAGCCCGGUGGCACCGAAUUCGCGCUUGAUACGCGGAGAGGCGAGCUCUUGAUGGGCUUCGCGCUGCGAGCCGGGCUUUGGAUUGACGGUUUGCAAAUUUUGACGACCUUGGGACGCAAGAGCGAGUGGUUUGGAAACUCACAUGGCGGUAGCGGGCACACACUCAUCCCCCCUCGUGGUUAUACUAUCGGCGGCAUAUCUGGAUCUUGUGCUCAAUGGCUCGAUGGCUUCUCAUUGAUCAUCACGAGGUAA